AUGUAUUUCCCAACGUCAGCUGCAAAGCAGCUUUCGUCCAUCCCCGCGUUACCAAACAUCCCACCAGAGAGGGUUGUCGCUCUAGUUCCAAGCCCACGGAGGUCGCUCUUCUGCACAAUCACAAGGAAUGGCGUUUGCGUUUGGGUCGUACGGCCCUCCACUGUAUUGGCGUACCUCUCCCGUACACCCACUUCGCUGAUUGAACAUGGUCACAACCAAGAUGCUUGGUGGUCUCCAGACUCGGAUAGGAUUGUCAUCAAGACGUCUGAAUCAUAUCUCGUCUUGAUUUCCGUCGAAUACAAGCCUGAAGAGUCGGUUGGGAUCUCCCCACCGCCGGUGUCAACCAAUGCACAGCGCAAUUUCCUACCUGGCCCUGGGGAGGGCUUGGAUAUGCAGGGGGUAGGCUUGCACUUUGAAGGCGUUAUCCGUGUCGAGGGACAGCUGUUGAGCGUUUCGCCUCGCCGAGACCACCUUCUGUUUACGACGAAGAAUCCUUCGACAGUGCAACGAAUGCCAUGGCCCCUGCAUGAAGAGGAUGAAGACCAGGAUCCGGAAUCUGCGAGGCCCCGCCAGGGACAGUACGAUACUUGGGUCCUGAAUGAAGAAGACUUCUCAUGGCUCCAGGACACGGAAGUCUCCAUCUCGGAAAUGAACUAUUCAAAGCCCAUAGGUGCAGAAACUUGGAUCACUUCGGAUGGCAGGGUGUACCUCGUUAAACUAUACGACGAGAGCGCGUCAGUUGGUCACCACGAUAGGAAUUCUCAGAAUGAAGGCAGCGAUACUCGGCGGUCUGUCGAUAGCGAGGCGCUCCUUGGCUGGCAAGGCAGUUGCAUCCACAGCUUCGAGACGCCUAAAUGGGUGCAAAAGCGAAAGAGAGCGGACCCCGAAGACCUUGAAAACGACGAACACCCGUGGUACGAGCCCAGACGAGCCUCAACUCUUGCCGUUAAUCCGAGAUUCUCGCUCUUUGCUAUCGGGACAACGAGCGGACAAUUGGAAUUUACGCCAUUCCCGUCACAAGAAGGGGUCCUUCCUCAAUCGAAGAAAAUCGACAUUCCGAACCCGUAUAGUCGACCUACAGGCGAGGUCAAGACUUUGGACUGGAGCUCGGAUGGAUAUGUUCUCGCCGUUGGGUGGACGAACGGCUGGGGCGUUUUCAGUGUCGGAGGAAGGUGUCUUGCAUCCAGCUUCAAUGUCGAGCAUAAUACCGACAAGUCCAGAUAUCAAGAUACCUUCAUGUUUGGCGUUCGGAGUCUUUUCUGGGGACCUGGAAAUUUCGACCUAUUCGUGUUGGCAAACCAUUCUAUUCAAAGUGACGCCCAGUUAUUUGCGAUUCCAUUUGCGAAGAGUGCGACUACUGGCCAGCUUAGCCCCGACAACACUCGAUAUGCUUUCCUGCAAUUGGACGAUCGUGCUUUGAUCUAUCGAGGAGCCGACCAGCCGGACAUGAGCAUUAUCAACCCGGAAUCCGAUGUCUGGCAACAUGUGAAGAUUCCGCAAAGAUAUAUCGCAAUGAACUGGCCUAUCCGAUAUUCCUCGCUCAGCUCGGAUGGCAGACUGAUAGCCGUCGCAGGAAGACGCGGUUUGAUCCAUUACAGUUCAAUGUCUGGACGUUGGAAAGUCUUUGCCGAUGAAGUUCAAGAACAGGCAUUCACAGUUCGAGGAGGUCUUUUGUGGUUCCAUCAUGUUCUAGUUGCUGCAGUGGAGGUUGGCAGGUCAUAUCAGCAGAUCAGGCUGUAUUCAAGAGACAUGGAGCUGGCUAGUGAAAACAUCUUGCACAGAGAGGUUCUGCGGUCUCCGGUGGUAAUCCUCUCCCUCGUGGAUAACUCGCUCCUGGUGUACACGCUCGACAACACCCUUUAUCAUUACUUGAUAGUCCCCACUUCCGAUUCUAUCAAGCUUCACCUUUGCGGUUGCAUUUCGUUUGCUGGGAUCAUCGCGACUCCGGGCGCAGUACGCAUGCUCAGUUGGCUCAUUCCUAGUGCACAGAAACAACUGGGAGAUCCAGCAGGAGAUUUGGCUGUAGCCUCCGUGCUCAUGGUAGUAGGCGGUCAGCUCAUCCUUUUGCGGCCGAGGAAGGCAGCUGAGCAAGAAGUCAAGUACGACAUGCAAGUGUUCGCCGACUCUAUCGAAUUCUGUUGGAUUCACCUUCGCGGCAUUCCGGCUUUGGAGAACUCCCUUUGGGCCUACGAUGCUAAAGGCAUGAGAGUAUGGUUGAAUGCAUUGGCUAUUGAGCCUACUGGGUCAUCUGAGGAGGUGGUUCCGGAGAGUGUAAAGGAAAGCGUUAACAUCCCGUUGGAUUUCUACCCUCUGUCUGCUCUGAUGGACAAGGGCAUUAUUAUUGGAGCUGAGUACGAGAUCGCGACGCGGACGAACCUUCCUUUUACGAUGUUCCGGCAUACGACAAGUUCACACCUCUUCCUUCAACACAUCCUCCUUUAUCAUCUGGGCGGUAAACAAAUCAGACAGGCAGUGGAUUUCGCUGAGAACUACAAGCAACUCAUCUUCUUCUCUCAUGCUCUUGAAAUCCUUCUACACACGGUCGUUGAAGCAGAUGCGAGCUCCAGCGGGUCCGAAGCCGAGAGUAGUAGCCCCUUGGCGGAGUCCCUCCUCCCGACGGUAGUGGAGUUCCUGGACUACUUUGAUGUAUCGCUGGAAGUCGUUGUAGGGUGUGCUAGGAAAACGGAGAUGAGUCGGUGGCGGCGGCUGUUUGAUAUUGUUGGAAAUCCCAAGACCCUGUUUGAGCUUCUCACGGAGAGGACUCAGGCAUGCUUGGUGGCCCAGAAGCUCAAGACGGCCGGUUCGUACUUGUUGGUACUGCACAACUUGGAACAACUCGAUGAGAACAGCACCGAGGUGGUCGCACUAUUGAGACAUGCAAUAGAGGACAAGGACUGGCAACUCUGUAAAGAACUCCUUCGAUUUUUGCAUUCUAUAGACGAGACGGGAGAAGCCCUUCGCCAUGUUGUGAAGGAACUCAAUCUUGUAGAUCUGGACAAAGGCGACAUGUUUACGUCGGUGUAG